AUGGCUUUUCAAUUUGGCUUCGCGAAUGAUGCGAAUAGCGAUGACGAAGAUCCAGCCCCAGCGAGUGGCAUUCAAGCAUCGAAUGGCGCGGCCGGUGGGGCGAAUACGAGGGUAAAGCAGCACAAGCUGGAGUACCUGCUAGCAACCUUACCUGAACGGAUCAGUUACAGCACGGUCAAGGUCGAAUCGCCACUCGGUCGAGUGGUUCACAUACCUCGACGAGAGCUAUUCGAUGUGCGGGUACAGCUUUUACAGGAAGACACCACGAACGAUCAGGUUAUCGAUCAAAUAGACAAGUCCGAUAUCAAAGCUGGAGUCUAUGAGGGUGGUUUCAAGACUUGGGAAUGCUCGAUUGAUCUUGCAAGCUUGUUGCUUGAUCGAGGUCCACGGAAAGACAUCGAUGAGCUUGUGAGGUGUGAUUCAAUCAUUGAGCUGGGAGCUGGAAGUGCUAUACCCUCACUAAUUCUCUUUCGACAUGCCAUUGAGAACGCAGUGUGCGGACUGACCUUCACGCUUGCAGACUACAACGAGGAAGUGCUUCGACUUGUCACGUUGCCCAACAUCCUUUUGACAUGGAUGGCGACCACAGAAUAUCACGAUGUGCACGCGGAACGGCCACGAACAGAUGCCGAGAGCUCUGGUGAAGUCGAGAUUACACCUGGCGUGAUUGAGCGCUUCCUUGCAGAAAUCAAGUGCAAGACCAUGACUCUCAAUUUCUUGUCCGGUCCUUGGUCACCACGAUUAGCGGAUUUCAUUCCUUCCUCAGCUCCGGACAUGGGCUCUGUCAUCUUGGCCGCCGAGACUAUCUACAGCCCAGCAUCAACCAUGGCGUUCGUGGAGCUUCUCGCGAUUCUGCUGAAGCGGGUGAAAAUGGCAAAGGCCAUGAUUGGGGCCAAGCGAAUAUACUUCGGCGUAGGCGGGUCAGUAGAUGGGUUGAAGGAGGCGUGCCGAGAAAAGGGCGCCGUGGCUUAUGAAAUCGAGAAUCAUAGUGUGCCUGGGAUGGACAAGGGCGUCGGUAGAGCGUUGAUAGAGGUGCAGUUGUACUGA